CCCGCGCGGAGGAGGGGUGGCGGCACGGGCGGCGCGGCCGCCGAUUGGCCAGAGCGGAGAGGGGAAAGGCCGCGGCGCGCGGUGAUGAUGUAAUGGCUUUGUGCGCGCGGCGGCGGCGCCGGGGGCAGCAGCGCUUCCUGCGGCUCGCGGGGGCCGCGCGGGGCUUCCCAGACCCGCCGCGGCCCGGCCGGAGCGCGAGGGGCUAAAAAAAAUAAACAGUUGAAGUCCUCUUUAUGAAACCAAUCCUCGGUCAAGUGUAACUUUUGAUGUAUGGUCUCUAAAGCCCCCCACUAUGCCAGCAGCUACCGUAGACCAUAGCCAAAGAAUCUGUGAAGUUUGGGCUUGUAACUUGGAUGAAGAGAUGAAGAAAAUUCGUCAAGUUAUACGAAAGUAUAACUACGUUGCUAUGGACACAGAAUUUCCAGGAGUAGUUGCAAGGCCUAUUGGAGAAUUCAGAAGCAACGCAGACUAUCAGUACCAACUCUUACGCUGCAAUGUCGACUUGCUAAAAAUAAUUCAACUAGGACUGACAUUUAUGAAUGAGCAAGGAGAAUACCCUCCAGGAACUUCAACUUGGCAAUUUAAUUUUAAAUUUAACUUAACAGAAGAUAUGUAUGCUCAGGACUCUAUUGAACUGUUGACGACAUCUGGUAUCCAAUUUAAAAAGCACGAAGAGGAAGGAAUUGAGACACAGUACUUUGCAGAACUGCUCAUGACAUCAGGAGUUGUAUUGUGUGAAGGAGUCAAGUGGCUCUCCUUUCAUAGUGGAUAUGACUUUGGCUAUCUGAUCAAGAUCCUGACAAACUCCAAUUUGCCUGAGGAAGAGCUGGACUUCUUUGAGAUACUGCGAUUGUUUUUCCCUGUCAUCUAUGAUGUAAAAUAUCUCAUGAAGAGUUGCAAAAAUCUGAAGGGUGGAUUACAAGAAGUGGCUGAGCAGUUAGAGCUGGAAAGGAUAGGACCACAGCAUCAGGCAGGAUCCGAUUCUUUACUAACAGGAAUGGCCUUUUUCAAAAUGAGAGAAAUGUUCUUUGAAGAUCACAUUGACGAUGCCAAAUAUUGUGGCCACUUAUAUGGUCUUGGUUCUGGCUCAUCUUAUGUACAAAAUGGCACAGGAAAUGCUUAUGAAGAAGAAGCCAACAAACAGUCAUGACAUGAAAUGAAAGGCCGUCUUUUUGACCUCCACAUGCUUGUAUAUAGGUUUUAUCUCCGAUUGAACCCCUUGGACAAUUAAGGCUUUUUUCCCCCCCUUUUCUCAGCACACUUUCUUUUCUGCCUUUCUAUGUACUAAACUUGACUGUUCCUAUCACAGAUUUUGAUCUUAAUAUUGAUACGUGAAAUUUUCUGGGUUACAUUUUGGCCUCUUAGCAAGCCCAUUUGUAAAGAAGUAUGUAUAGGAUCAGUGUGGCAGAGAGAAGGGGAAAGUUGAAUGAUAAUGAAUAUUCUGGUAAACUUGCCUACAUCGUUCUUCCAGUUUUUUGUCUUUCCCCUCCCUUCUCUAAAUUAAUUGGCUCUGAUUAUAACUAACUUCCCCCUUCAUGUCUGUUCUUUCCAGUAUGCAGGCGUUUUAGCUAUUCAAGAUUGUGGACCAUCAAAUUUGCACUUUAGAGAGCGACUCUGACUCAGAUCCUCUGUUUUAUUUGAAGAUUGUUUCGGUUUUUUCUUUUGCCCUCAGCUAGAAAACAAUCAUCUGCCAAGUUCAGCAGCUUCAAGCUGUAUUUCCUUGGUAUCUCAACCCACACAACGGGUCUUAUUUGCUGCAUAAUCUGUUUGUUAAAGCAAAACAAACUACUGAAAUCAUAGUAAUUGCUCUUACUUUACUAGUGUUUGGUCAUCUUCCAACACAUCCUGCACAUGUCAACUGCUAGUUGGCCUGCUGCUUUAAAACGGCUCUUUGAUGGGGGAAAGAGGCUUGAAAAAACAGCUUUACACCCUUCAGGAAAAGAACAGCUAUGAAUUUAGCCUUUUUGCCAUUAAGCUGAGAGUUGAAGGAUAAUGGAAAAGUAGGAGUCUUGUAAUGGCACAUUUCCCUUGAUUAACCUCAUGGCUUUUAUCCAAGUAAUGUACACCUCAGAUAUUUUUUAUGAAGUCAUAUUUAUUAUGUACUUGAUUUCAUGAUUUUUGUAAGUCAGUUUAGUUGAAGAUAAACCCCAAAGAUCUGAAAAAAAGCUAUUUAAAUGAAUUAUUGAAUUAGAAGGACAAUUAAAUCAUGCUUUUUUGUAGUUGUUACGACAGAUGUUACAGAUAUUUGUUGUAAGACAACAAAAUAUAAAUAACUUCAAGCUAAUAAAGUUACCUGAGGAGUGUAAUGCUAGUUUAUUUUUGAGUAUAUCUUACAAUAUAUUUUAGAUAUAUUGUUUUCAAGGACCCUAAAGUAUGUUCUUAACUCUGCAUAGCAUGUACACAGAGCAGUUGUGCAGGAAGGGUUUUUGGUAUUGAAUAGCUAAAUACUAGCCUGGAAUGAUGGAAUGCAUGACAUUGUGUGUCUGUGCGUGUGCGCGCGUACGUGUGUUUGACACGGAAAUCAAUAGCAGAAAAAUCUCCAAAUGUUCACCAAUUACUGUUUUAUCUUGUACUUUAAAGCAAAAAAAUCAAACACCUUUUUCUCAUUGAAUUAUGAUGAUGUAAACUGGGCGGUCCUUUUUAAACAAGUAAUUUGCAUAACAGAGGGUAUUUGUUUUUAAAGCUUUUGUAAAUAAAGGCCUAAGAAAUGUUUUCUUACAUAACAA